CUCUGUGCUUUCAGCAGUCAGCUGUCAACAGGCUGGGCAUGAAAUGAGGCUCAAACAACGACGCAGUACGUGGAAGUGAUAACAAUACAACGUUUUGUCACUGUCCUGUAAAACUGUUCAUAUCCAUUCAGUGGAUUUUGUAAUCGUGCUUACUCGAGAGAUGAUGAACUCGGGACACGAUCAUUGAACACUAUGGACAUGUGAGACUCGACAUGAAUGCAGACGCUGAGGCGAUGCUGGAUUGAAUGGCACUGAGGAUACGAGACUGUGACCCAGCAGGAGCGCUGCGAUGGCCAGCUGCCACAGUAGCCAUGCAGACACCGCCGAAGCUCCUCCUCCCUCAGCCUCACGGCCGCCAGCCAUGCCCAAGCUCCACGUCCAGGGCUCGCUGUCCCGGAAGUCCAUCACCAUCCACUUCUCGCCCCUGGGCGAGGAGGAGGAGGAGGAGAAGGAGGAGGAGCUCUAUGGGGCAGUUGUGUCCUCUCCUCUUCCCCCUGCUGGACCCAUAAAGGACCCCCCAGGCAUUGUGACGGCCCUGGAGGCCAGCGAGGAUCUGAUCCUUGAUGGAGCCGGGUUGGACUCUGAGGCUCAGGCUGCAGUUCUGCCUAUGUUGUCCUCAACUGGUCUUCAAAGCUCCAUCACCUCCACGUUACCCUCUGAACUGAAAAGCUCCUCUCCUUCCCCUGCCACCACCUCCAAAUCCACUUCCUCCAAGUCUAGCGACAAACCUUUCUUCAGCCUGGUCAAGUCUCUAUCCUCUGACAUCAUUGAGCCUUCUGAAAAUGUCUCCAUCUCCCCCGCUGCCCCCACUUCCGUGCGCCACUGCCACCCGAUGAAAACCCUGGUCAAGUCACUCUCCUCUGACACCUCCCAGGAAUCCCCCCCUUCCUCCUCCUCCUCGCCCUACCGCCUCUCGGACUCCCGCCUCAACCUGCACCUCUUCAAGCAGUUCACGCAGUCCCGUGCCCCAGGAGCUGUCGUUGCUGGGGCUGACUCAAAGACCGCCCCCUCCUCGACGCUCACCUCCCCAGACAGCCGCAACUUCUUUAAGGCGUCCGUGGAGGCGAGCAUCGAGGACACUAAGCGCCGUUUCUCCGAGGCCAUCUACGAGCCUCUCCAGCUGUUCAAUAAGAUCAUGGAGGACAAGACUGGAGGCAUUGGCAGCAGUGCCUUUCGGUCCAAAGCGCUCUCGUCCAGUGCUUCGGAGCUCACCUGCCUGGCCUCCCUCAACAACGGCCAACCGGAGAGCAGCAACAACAACUACAGCAUCAAGGAGGAAACCGGUGAUGAGUGGGAGUCCGAGGGAACCGGAAACGGAGCCAGCUCUCCAAAUCCCACCUCUGACACCAGAAGUCCUAAAAUGUCUUCCACCUCUCUCAGCCUGGACAAUUGCUCCAUGUCAGCCCUGGCCAAGCUGGAGGACGAGGACUUCUGUAUCCUGUCUAGUGAGGACUUUGAGGAUAUCGAGGGGGAUUAUGGAGACACAACCGACGAUACAUGUAACCAAGUCAGACUGCCGCCUAGUGGCAGUCCGGAACUAUGCAGUGACGACAAGUCAGAGGGAGAAGAUCUGCCACCCAGCAUUCCACACUACACCCUGAUCAUCAUCACAGCGCUGGUCUACGGGUACUUCGUGUUGCCCCUGCCCACCUACGUUGGGGGUAUGCUGCUGGGAGUGGGACUAGGGUUCAUGCUAGCUAUCGCUGUGGUGUGGUUGGCCGGACCCAAGCCUUCUGGCAAUCGCACCAGACAUCCCAGACACCAGGGGAAGCUGAGGAACAUGACCCAGCUGGGCAUCAAAGAGCCAAGCAUCUUCAAGGGCUGGAUGAACGAGAUAGUGAACUACGACCCGGAGACAUAUCACGCCACUCUGACCCACUCUGUGUAUGUGAGACUGGAGGGCUCCAUCCUGCGCCUGUCCACACCCAACCGCAACAUCGCCCGGCGGGCCACCCAUAACGAACCCAAGCCCGACGUCACCUAUAUCAGCCAGAAGAUCUACGACCUCACUGACAGCAAGAUCUAUCUGGUGCCCCAGAGUCUGGCCAGGAAGCGUGUGUGGAACAAGAAGUACCCUAUCCGCAUCGAGCUGGCCAAGCAGGACGACUUCAUGUCCAAGGCAGAGGGCGACCACAGCGAAACCACACACGAGAGAACCACGGCCACAGGAGAGGCGACCGUGGGGACUGAGGAGGCCAAAAGGUCCGGUGGUCCUGAACUGACCCUGUACCUGUUUGGUCGGACGGGGAGGGAGAAGGAGGAGUGGCACCGGAGGAUCCUGUUGGCCUCCAAGCCCCCCAAGACAGGGAUGAAGAGAGUCACUGGUCUGCAGGGGUGUAAGACUGCCUUGAGCUCCCGCAGCCGCAGCAGCAGCCGGAGCAGUCUGGACGAGGUGCUAGCGUCUCAGCCAAGGACCAGGGACUCAACAGCAGGCAUAGCAGCCAAGUCCCUACUGGACUACAGUGUCUACAUGGCCACCCUGGUGCCCCCCGAGACUGGCACUGCCACGCCCAUCGCUGCCACUAGUCCCGUAGUCCAGAGUCCACAGAGUAGCCCUGGGUCGGGCAACAAGUUGCAGAGCAGCAGCAGCUUUGACCCUGUCGUUUUGCUGGGGGAGGAGGAGCCUGUUGCCUGGGUGAACUCUGCGAUUGGCCGCGUGGCAUGGGACUUCCUGGGCGAGCCCUACUGGGCUGACGUGGUCUCCAAGAAGAUCCAGAUGAAACUCAGCAAGAUCCGGCUCCCCUACUUCAUGAACGAGCUGACCCUGACAGAGCUGGACAUGGGCGUGGCCACUCCCAGAAUCCUUGGCGCCUCCAAACCCUCAGUUGACCAUCAAGGUCUGUGGUUUGACUUGGAGAUUUCGUACAGCGGCUCCUUCCUGAUGACCCUGGAGACCAAGAUGAACCUGAUCAGACUGGGGAAGGACGGCGACUGUAUGCGCUUCAGAGACCUCAGCAAGGAUGGCGUUUCUCUGGGGCCUUCUCGUUUCCAUUUUCGUUCCAUUUCGAUCUGUUUUUGUGGUCAUUUCAUUACGUGUAGCUUCCAUUCCAUCUAACUGACAUUGUGAAUGGGUUCAUUUUGUCAGUGUUCAGACUGUGUGUCCUCAUGUGAAUUCUAAAACCAAGGGGAUCUCAAGAGGAUGCAUCAGUCCAUACUCGAUCAGUGUUUUCCAUUCGCGCCGGCUAAUCAGCCGAUUUACCGACUCAUUUAGAGCUUGCUACAUUUUCCACUUCAUAUUAACUACGUUACUUUUCAUUUAAAAGUUUAAAUUCGCUAGUCCGUCAAGCCCUUUCGCACUCGAAUUGGCGAUAUGCAUCUUCUAAAGAGCUAUUGGUAGGAUAGGCGCCUGUCAGUCACGAAGCGAGCGAUGACAGGGAAACGCAGCAGAGAGGAACAUGCGAAGCGAGAGGUUUCACUCUCACCCCAAAAAAAUCCAAAAUAAUCCCAAUGCGUUUCUAUGGGAUUAUUUUGGACCGACACUUGUCGCCUGUUGAAUUUCUUUACACAGAGUAGGUAGAGAGCUUGAUGCUCGUGAUUUUGCAUGUCCUAUGUAAUAUACAGUUGAAGUCAGAAGUUUACAUACACUUAAGUUGGAGUCAUUAAAACUUGUUUUUCAACCACUCCACACAUUUCUUGUUAACAAACUAUAGUUUUGGCAAGUUGGUACCUUGUGCAUGACACACGUCAUUUUUCCAACAAUUGUUUACAGACAGAUUAUUUCACUUUAUCACAAUUCCAGUGGGUCAGAAGUUUGCAUACACUAAAUUGACUGUGCCUUUAAACAGCUUGGAAAAUUCCAUAAAAUGAUGUCAUGGCUUUAGAAGCUUCUGAUAGGCUAAUUGACCUAAUUUGAGUCAAUUGGAGGUGUACCAUUGGAUAUAUUCCAAGGCCUACCUUCAAACUCAGUGCCUCUUUGCUUGACAUCCUGGGAAAUAAAAAGAAAUCAGCCAAGACCUCAGAAAAAAAAUGUUUGUCCUCAAGUCUGGUUCAUCCUUGGGAGCAAUUUCCAAACGCCUGAAGGUACCACGUUCAUCUGUACAAACAAUGGUACGCAAGUAUAAACACCAUGGGACCACGCAGCUGUCAUACCGUUCAGGAAGGAGACGCGUUCUGUCUCCUAGAGAUUAACGGAAUUUGGUGCGAAAAGUGCAAAUCAAUCCCAGAACAACAGCAAAGGACCUUGAGAAGAUGCUGGAGGAAACAGGUACAAAAGUAUCUAUAUCCACAGUUAAACAAGUCCUAUUUCGACAUAACCUGAAAGGACGCUCAGCAAGGAAGAAGCCACUGCUUCAAAACCGCCAUAAAGAAGCCAGACUACGGUUUGCAACUGCACAUGGGGACAAAGAUCGUCCUUUUUGGAGAAAUGUCCUCUGGUCUGAUGAAACAAAAUAGAACUGUUUGGCCAUAAUGUCCAUCGUUAUGUUUGGAGGAAAAGGGGGAGGCUUGCAAGCCGAAGAUCACCGUCCCAACCGUGAAGCACGGGGGUGGCAGUAUCAAGUUGUGGGGGUGCUUUGUUGUAGGAGGGACUUGUGCACUUCACAAAAUAGAUGACACCAUGAGGUAGGAAAAUUAUGUGGAUAUAUUGAAGCAGCAUCUAAAGACAGUUAAGCUGAAGAAGUUGAAGCUUGGUUGUGAAUGGGUCUUCCAAAUGGACAAUGACCCUAAGCAUACAUCCAAAGUUGUGGGGAAAUGGCUUAAGGGCAACAAAGUCGAGGUAUUGGAGUGGCCAUCACAAAGCCCGGACCUCAAACCUAUAGAAAAUGUGUGGGCAGAACUGAAAAGGCGUGUGUGAGCAAGGAGGCCUACAAACCUGACUCAGUUACACUGGCUCUGUCAGGAGGAAUGGGCCAAAAUUCACCCAAUUUAUUGUGGAAAGGUUAAACAAUUAAAAGGCAAUGCUACCAAAUACUAAUUGAGUGUGUGUAAACUUCUGACCCACUGGGAAUGUGAUGAAAUAUAUAAAAGCUGAAAUACAUAAUUCUCCUAUUAUUCUGACAUUCCACGUUCUUAAAAUAAAGUGGUGAUCCUAACUGACCUAAAACAGGGAAUUGUGACUAGGAUUAAAUGUCAGGAAUUGUGAAAAACUGAGUUUAAAUGUAUUUGGCUAAGGUGUAUGUAAACGUCCGACUUCAACUGUAAGUGGUAACGAUGAGUCGAAAUCCACGACUUAGCCUAUUUUAAUUUCUAUGUGUUUGUGUUUCACAUAGACAGCCACGCGGAGUUGUGGCUCAUUGUAGGCUAUUUACUGUGCAUUGAUUGAUAACAGAACAGCAAGUGUUUACUAGCUUAUCAUCGGUGUCGAUCUGACUGAAUAAAUUGGUUCUCCUAUAUCCCUUUGCCUUUCAUAAAUUAUGUGUUGUGGUUAUAUAUCCAUGGUAUCGCAUCGGGACAAGUAAACAAAAGGUUUUCCUAGUUUCCUUUCAUAGGAUGUCAGGGCUUGCCAGACUGACGCUAAAGUGAGUGACUCGUCACUCACUUUGCAUCGGUGAGAGUCGUUCAUUUGACUCCCUAAUUUUCAUAGGCUACUGGUAGGCCUAGGCUUUUUGGCUCUUAUAUGCAGAUAAAUUAUGAAAACAUUCGAUGAAGAUGGUGAAUCAUCAUUGCAGGAACAAUAGGUUCUGGUCUGAAUAUGAUAAUUAGGGCCCUCGCGAAAUGCAGGCAUUAAAAUGGAAUUCAACUAUAUAUAAAAAAACGAAUUCAAUUGAAAUUGUAUUAAUUUGACUAAGUUUAUCGUAAGACAUGAACAGAAUGCAUCAACGCAACUUUCUAAACUGGCAAUGAAAAUGACCGUCUCUUUGUGUGCGGUGCAGGGGUCUACCACUUUGUGUAAAUCAUUAGCAAUUAUGCUAAAGAAAACAGUCUUCUGGUAGAUGGGAAAACCUUCCCAACUUGCACAGUUAAAUGUUAACUACAAAGUACUCUAUGCUUACCUUGGAAAAUGAUAUCAUGAGUGGGCAUUUGUUGAAGCUGGAAACUACACACUAAAUUUCUCUAGUUUUUUUUUUUCCAGACCUCAAGUGGUCUCCUGAUGUGGUUUAAGCAUUCGUGUGGACUUUUAAAUUGUGAAUUUGAAAUGGAAAACCUGACACAAAGGUAAACCUCUUAAAAACCAAACCUUUUAAUACAUUUUUCUAGAUCAUGUGGGCUAUUUACUUCAAAUUUCUGUUUUAAUUAAAUACAUCAUUUGAAGAACAAACAUCAAUGUGGCAUUUCAUAUCUCGCAGUUAAACUGUAAAUAAGUCUUUAAUCUCAAAUGUUUAAUGUUCUCUUACUUAGUCCUGAUCAUAUAAGCCUAGACCGAGACAAUAUUCAAAACAGCUAACAAUACACUGAAUUCAUAUAUUUUCAGUCUUUCUGCACAAUACCACAACAAAUGUUUCCAAUCUGAGAGAAAACCUUGAUAAAGUAUUCAAUAAUUCAAUGUACCAGAGGCCACCAAAAUGGAGUUCCUUCAAUGAUGAGCUCUAUUUUGCCCCCAGGAUCGGGGGAGCCUAGCUGGCAAUUUUAUUUCUAUUUGGCUGGCUACUCUAUGUACUUGUGGAAAACACUGCUCAAUCGUUUGACCACCGGAGGGAACCUUUGAGACGUAUUUGAUAGUAUUCCGUAUUGGCAUUACCAGAGAAUUUUAAAUCUUUUUUGUAAUAACAUAGUAUAUGGGAUUGAUUUAAGAAAUUUGGCUUAAUUAAUUUGAUUAAUAUUAUGGUGUUUCUAUUCAGGGAAAAACAAAACCCUCAGGGUUUACGUUAGGAUGGAAUGGAAAAUAUGGCGCUGAACAAUGUGACAGUCAAGAGGAGGCUACAGGAUUGGAGGAUUCAUAAUUGUUUGCCUUCAUUAGACAACUUUGUUCCAAUAUUUCUGUAAAUCAGUGAUAUUUAUUCCCAUAGUAAUUCGUUAUGGAUCAUAACUAAAGCAUUUUGACAGUGUUUUUUAAAAUAAUUUUAUUAACGAAAUGUAUUUUUGUAUAUUAGGCUACUGUGCAGUCUAUAAUACAUACUGUAGUAAACAUGGGAAAGUGUCUAAUUCCUUACAUAAGGGAGAGCAGGCCAUGUCUGUACUACAGAAUGCGGGAGACCGGGGUUCAAAUCCCCGUUGGGGAGGAAGGAGUAGGCUGUCCUCCUGUCCCAGAUGUGUUAUUUCAUAAUUGUGAUGUCUUCACUAUUAUUGUACAAUGUAAAAAUAUAGAAAAAUCUUGGAAUGAGUAGGUGUGUCAACUUUUGACAGGUACGGUUAAAUAAAGGUUACACUAAGAGCAUAACAUUUCUGCACCCUAAUUUUCAAAUGAUUGUCUAACCAAUACCCAAAUGGAGAUUAAGUGAAAAUAAAAAAUCUCAUUGAUUUAUCAAGACCAGUCCCCAUGCUUGCCUCAGAGCAGCGCGAAACGGUGCCAAAAUAGUUGUAGGCUUUUGCUUGUAUGCUCUUUAAAUAAAUAAGACCAACAUAAUUUUUAACAGCACAUUACUCAACACUAGUGAGACUCAUUUCGCCUAUGGUAGGCCUACAGUACAUCGAUGAAAAAAAUUGGAGGACUCUAAAUUAAUAUCUAAGGGGUAUUUUCCAUUAGGAUCUGUGAUAAUAUCUGAGAAUAUCUAAGGGGCAAUGUAGAAAAUAGUAAAAAAAUAAAGAAAUCCUGGAAUGAGUAGUUGUGUCAACUUUUGACUGGUACUUAAUUAAUUGGAUUAAUAUUAUGGUGUUUCUAUUCCACGAAAAAUGAAAAACCCUCUGGAUUUCUGUUAGGAUGGAACGAAAAAUAUGGCGCUGUACAACGUGACAGUCGACAGUACAGUACUUGGCUAUUUAGGUAAAGAAUCCCUGUGUCGAGGGGACGAGAGACCGGGGUUCAAAUCCCAGACGGGGAGGAAGUAGGUUUAUCUCAGAGUCCCCAUGCUUGUCUCAGAGCAGUGGGAAACGGUGCUAAAAUAGUUGUAGGCUUUUGCUUCUAACUUCAAUAUGCUCUUUAAAAAAGACCUCCACCAUUUUUAACAAUAUAUCUACAAAUGUUUUUUCCAAUGAUGUGACUCUCCGCCAAUAAUUACAUGUAGAGGAUUGGAGGACUCUAUAUUACUAAGGGGCAUUUUCAGUUAGAUCUGUGUGAAUAUCUAUGGGGCUUUUAUAUAAUUCUACAUUUAUUAAUAAUAAUAAUGGCUUUGUUUAAAAAGUAAUGAUAUUUUGGAGAUUUAGUUUUCAUGUAACCUAGAGUGAGCGAUGGAAAAAGGCAAUUCUUGAACAUGGGGUGAGACAUUCUCAGUAAUUUGUAAAUAAAGGCAGUUUGUUAUUUAGAAUUAUUUAUUUCUGGAGAAUCCGAACUUGUUUAUUUAGCAGACAUCACUUGCUUAUAUUCAGCCUACACAUAUAAGAAUAUCAUGGAAUAUUUUUACAUUUUUGUUUCUCCAUGCUUGUCUCAGAGCGGCGCGAAGCGAUACACCGGGAAGGCUAGAUAUUUUGUGCCCACUCGUGAUCUCUCUCUUCAGUUACACAUCCUUGGAAUAGCAGGGCAGCAUAACGGUCCGGGCGGCCCUUGCUGUGCCUGGUGAGCAGUUGGUCAAGUUCUGUUGUCAGAAGAGGAAUGGGAAUGUCAGUGUGAACCGAAAACCUGACGAACCGUAUGUUGACUCUGCCUGUCGGUGUUGGAGUUCCAGAGCUCACAGGUGUGCCUAGCAUGGAUUGUGACUCAAUCUCAUUCAUCGCCCUUUUCAACGCCUGAGUGAGUCAAUGAUUUCAAUGAUUCGUCUGACAAACAAAGAACUUUGUGUCCUGCGUGCCCAGGCAUGGAUCAAAGCUGGCGAGACAUUGAAUAGCAUCAUCUUCACAGACGAAUCAACUGUGGAAGAAGAGCAAAAAUAUUAACGAAAGCAUAAAGAUGUUGAUGAAGAAAAGUUGUUUUGAGUUAGAUAUGUAACACUAUAGAGUACAUAAGCAUCGAAUACAUUGCAAGUUGAGGGAUUUUCACAACAGUAGCCGGGCUAUAAAAAGUAUAUUGAUUGACAUUUGAUUGAUGAGCUACAUUCUUUAUUGUAACCACAAUGUCACACACAAUUUGUAUCUACCUUUCCAAUUACUUUUAGAGUUUGGGAUUUACAAAUGUGCGCUUUUAAUGAUUGUUUUAGUGCGACGGUGGAGAUUUGUUUUCUUUAAAUUAUUGUUUUAUGUAGGAUGCUACAUUUGACCAGUUGCAAUUGUAAGUAGGCCUAAUAAAAUAAAAAUCUAACUUCUACUAAGUUGUUAAGCCUCAUAGCCUUCCUCAGCCAGUUAACCUGUCUAGGACCACCCCCCCAACAUUCUGCUGAAAAGGCAGCGCGGGAUAUUCAAAAAAAUUUUUUUUUAAAUAUUUAACUUUCACACAUUAACAAGUCCAAUACAGCAAAUGAAAGAUAAACAUCUUGUUAAUCUACCCAUCGUGUCCGAUUUUUAAAAUGUUUCACAGCGAAAACACAAUAUAUAUUUAUGCUAGAUCACCACCAAAUCCCCAAAAAACACAGCCAUUUUCCCCAGCCAAAGAUAGUCACAACAGCAGAAAUAGAGAUAAAAUGAAUCACUAACCUUUGAUAAUCUUAAUCAGAUGACACUCAUAGGACAUCAUGUUACACAAUACAUGUAUGUUUUGUUCGAUAAUGAUGCCAUCUAUUUUGUGAAGUGCACCAGUCCCUCCUGCAGCAAAGUACCCCCACAGCAUGAUGCUGCCACCCCCGUGCUUCACGGUUGGGAUGGUGUUCUUCAGCUUGCAAGCAUCCCCCUUUUUCUCCAAACAUAACGAUGGUCAUUAUGGCCAAACAGUUCUAUUUUUGUUUCAUCAGACCAGAGGACAUUUCUCCAAAAAGUAUGAUCUUUGUCCCCAUUUGCAGUUGCAAACCAUAUUCUGGCUUUUUUAUGGUGGUUUUGGAACCGUGGCUUCUUCCUUGCUGAGCAGCCUUUCAGGUUAUGUCGAUAUAGGACUCGUUUUACUGUGGAUAUAGAUACUUUUGUACCUGUUUUCUCCAGCAUCUUCACAAGGUCCUUUGCUGUUGUUCUGGGAUUGAUUUGCACUUUUCGCACCAAAGUACGUUCAUCUCUAGGAGACAGAACACGUCUCCUUCCUGACCAGUUAUGACGGCUGCGUGGUCCCAUGGUGUUUAUACUUGCGUACUAUUGUUUGUACAGAUGAACAUGGUACCUUCAGGCGUUUGGAAAUUGCUUACAAGAAUGAACCAGACUUGUGGAGGUCUAAAAAGAGGCACUGAGUUUGAAGGUAGGCCUUGAAAUACAUCCACAGGUACACCUCCAAUUGACUCAAAUGAUGUAAAUUAGCUUCUAAAUCAGAAAAUCAGAAGCUUCUAAAUCCAUGACAUCAUUUUCUGGAGUUUCCCAAGCUGUUUAAAAGCACAGUCAAUUUAGUGAUGUAAACUUCUGACCGACUGGAAUUGAUACAGUGAAAUAAUCUGUUUGUACACAAUUGUUGGAAAAAUGACUUGUGUCAUGCACAAAGUAGAUGUCCUAACCAACUUGCCAAAACUAUGGUUUGUUAUCAACACAUUUGUGGAGUGGUUGAAAAACGAGUUUUAAUAACUCCAACCUAGCUCAAGCUAACUUCACACCUAGCUCAAGCUGAGGAGAGGGGGGGGUUCACACCUAGCUCGGCUAUUAGACAAUUCUUUAGUAAAAGUUGAAUAGUCUAUUGUUCAGUUAUAGCCCAUCCAGUUACGCUUGUGAAAAACUAAUAAUAAUGCUUUUUCCCCUUUCCACAUGUUAAAGAUUCCAAUUGAUAGUGUUUUUAGCCACAAUCUGCCCCAACCCCAAUUAAUACAUUUAGGAACAGUCGAUAGGGUGCUGGCCUUCGGACUAGAAUGUUGAGGGUUCGAAACCUGCUCCCUGCUUUGUUUCAUUACAUUAUUAUGCCAGUCUCAGAGCAAAUAGCCUGGAUUGUUACUCCCAUCUCGUUCCUCGCUCUCUUCCACGCGUCAUUCAGCACGCUUGCGGGCGUGCUGGCAGGAUAUACUGUUAUUUUAUUCUGUAUAUAUGAAUUACAAAUCAGCCUUUACGUAAAUCAUGUUUCUAGUCUAUUGCAUAGUUACAAAUAUGCACAAUCGUUUAUCUCUACAUUAACUAACAUAUUCCUCUCAAUUGUAGAUUUUUUGCUUGACUCGUUAAGACAUAACAACUUACAUUUGCUUCCCCCGUAAUGUUUUGUCAGCCAUCUUUGCUGAAGAAAGUCACCACGGACGGGUGGCUCUCGUCAAAUUCGUCAUUGGAACCACUCGAUAUGAUGGGUCAUAUAAAAACCUUGGGACCUAAAUGCAUAAUGAGGGCUCUAACUCCCCCUCGUGGUGGUCUGUAGCAAUGGGUACCUCUAAGUCCCGCCGGUGUAAGCUUGCAACUUUUUAAAUGAGGAAUCGCUGUAUGAACAGGCUUUGUAGUUCUAAGAGUCAGCUUUCCCUCUGAAAACAAUGGAGAUGAAUCCAUACUGAAUCGUGUGUGUGCACCAGGUACAGACCACGGACGUACUGCCUAGCUGACAGUGAUGAGGAGUCAUCCAGUGCUGGGUCCUCAGACGAAGAGGAUACUUCAGAGGUCACCAA